GCUGUGCCCCCCCCACCAUGGACUGGCAGCCGGAUGAACAGGGUCUGCAGCAGGUCCUGCAGCUGCUCAAGGACUCACAGUCACCCAACACAGCCACACAGAGAGUGGUGCAGGAUAAACUGAAGCAAUUGAAUCAAUUUCCUGAUUUCAACAAUUACCUGAUUUUUGUGCUGACCCGACUGAAAUCUGAAGACGAACCCACCCGCUCCCUGAGUGGUCUGAUCCUCAAGAACAAUGUCAAGGCUCAUUUCCAGAGCUUCCCCCAGCCAGUGGCUGAGUUCAUCAAGCAGGAAUGUCUCAAUCACAUAGGGGAUGCCUCAUCCCUCAUCAGAGCCACCAUCGGUAUCCUCAUCACAACCAUCGCAUCCAAGGGGGAGCUGCAGAUGUGGCCGGAGCUGCUGCCCCAGCUCUGCAGCCUGCUCAACUCUGAGGACUACAACACAUGUGAGGGAGCGUUUGGGGCCCUGCAGAAGAUCUGUGAGGACUCCUCAGAGCUCCUGGACAGUGAUGCCCUGAACCGACCCCUGAACAUCAUGAUCCCCAAGUUCCUGCAGUUCUUCAAGCACUGCAGCCCCAAAAUCAGGUCUCACGCCAUCGCCUGUGUCAACCAGUUCAUCAUGGACCGAGCUCAGGCCCUGAUGGAGAACAUUGACACCUUCAUUGAGCACCUCUUUGCCCUGGCUGUGGACGAGGACCCCGAGGUGAGGAAGAACGUGUGUCGUGCCCUGGUGAUGCUGUUGGAGGUCCGCAUCGACCGCCUGAUCCCCCACAUGCACAGCAUCAUCCAGUACAUGCUGCAGAGGACACAGGACCCUGAUGAGAACGUGGCCCUGGAGGCCUGUGAGUUCUGGUUGACGUUGGCUGAACAGCCCAUCUGCAAGGAGGUGUUGACCUCCCAUCUGGUGCAGCUUAUCCCUAUCCUGGUCAAUGGGAUGAAGUACUCGGAGAUUGACAUCAUCCUGCUCAAGGGGGACGUGGAGGAGGACGAGGCCAUUCCCGACAGUGAGCAGGACAUCAAGCCCAGGUUCCAUAAGUCCCGCACGGUCACAUUGCAGCAUGAGGAGGAGAGAGCUCAGGACCCAGAGGAGGCUGAGGAUGAGGAUGAUGAUGAUACCUUGUCUGACUGGAACCUGAGGAAGUGCUCGGCUGCUGCUCUGGAUGUCCUGGCCAACGUGUUCCGGGAGGAGCUGCUCCCACAUCUGCUCCCACUGCUCAAGGAGCUGCUUUUCCACCCGGAAUGGGUCAUCAAGGAGUCCGGGAUCCUGGUGCUGGGAGCCAUAGCUGAAGGCUGCAUGCAGGGGAUGGUUCCCUACCUCCCUGAGCUGAUCCCACACCUGAUCCGGUGUCUGGCUGACAAGAAGGCUCUGGUUCGCUCCAUCGCCUGUUGGACCCUCAGCCGCUAUGCUCAUUGGGUUGUCAGCCAACCACCGGACAUGUACCUGAAGCCUCUGAUGACAGAGCUGCUCAAGCGCAUCCUCGACAGCAACAAGCGGGUGCAGGAGGCUGCUUGCAGCGCCUUCGCCACCCUGGAGGAAGAGGCCUGCACGGAACUGGUCCCAUACCUGAGCUUCAUACUGGACACACUGGUCUUUGCCUUUGGCAAGUACCAGCACAAGAACCUGCUCAUCCUCUAUGAUGCUAUUGGCACCUUGGCUGACUCUGUGGGGCACCACCUGAACCAACCGGAAUACAUCCAGAAGCUGAUGCCUCCUCUCAUCCAGAAGUGGAACGAGCUCAAGGAUGAAGACAAGGACCUGUUCCCAUUACUGGAGUGCCUGUCCUCGGUGGCCACCGCCCUACAAAGUGGCUUCCUGCCCUAUUGUGAGCCCGUCUACCAACGCUGUGUGACCCUGGUGCAGAAGACCCUGGCCCAAGCCAUGAUGUACAACCAACACCCGGAGCAAUACGAGGCCCCAGAUAAGGACUUUAUGAUCGUGGCCCUGGACCUGCUCAGUGGCCUGGCUGAAGGUCUUGGUUGCCACGUGGAGCAGUUGGUGGCCAGGAGCAACAUCAUGACCCUGCUGUUCCAGUGCAUGCAGGACACCAUGCCCGAGGUGCGGCAGAGCUCCUUCGCCCUCCUGGGGGACCUGACCAAGGCUUGUUUCGUGCAUGUCAAGCCCUGUAUUGCUGAGUUCAUGCCUAUCUUGGGCACCAACCUGAACCCCGAGUUCAUCUCUGUGUGCAACAAUGCGACCUGGGCCAUUGGGGAGAUCUGUAUGCAGAUGGGGGCAGAGAUGCAGCCAUAUGUGCAGAUGGUCCUCAACAACCUGGUGGAGAUCAUCAAUCGCCCCAACACCCCCAAAACCCUAUUAGAAAACACAGCCAUCACCAUAGGGCGCUUGGGCUUCGUGUGCCCGCAGGAGGUGGCCCCUAUGCUGCAGCAGUUCAUCCGGCCAUGGUGCACAUCCCUAAGGAACAUCCGGGAUAAUGAAGAGAAGGACUCAGCUUUCAGAGGCAUCUGUGUGAUGAUUGGGGUCAACCCUGGGGGGGUCGUGCAGGACUUCAUCUUCUUCUGUGAUGCUGUCGCAUCCUGGAUGAGCCCCAAAGACGACCUACGGGAUAUGUUCUAUAAGAUCCUUCAUGGCUUCAAGGACCAGGUUGGGGAUGAAAACUGGCAGCAGUUCUCGGAGCAGUUCCCACCUCUGCUCAAGGACAGACUUGCAGCUUUCUAUGGGGUUUAAGCCAGGCUUAAGCAUCGGGAUCAGGUCGGGAAGCUGUUGGGACAGCAGAUGGGAGCGGACGAGCCCCCAAUGACCCGGGGAUGGGUUUGGGGGUGCCCCACAGUGCACCCCAACCCCAUGGGGGGGGGGGUCCCCCCAUUGCUUUGACCCCCAGGGUGUGUGAAGGGGAAGGAAGGGAU